GCAUCGAACGGAAUCUAAUUAUCUGAAACUUUCCUGCUAACCUCGCUGCAAGAUUCAAAUCAUGUCCCACUUGCCAACCACAACCAAAGCUUGGAUUUUACAAAAUCCGCCUGUGAAAAACAUCAUACUUGGGAACUCAGAAUCUUCUACGUUUUCCAUACAAGAGCAAACACUGCCUCCUUUGGAUAAGGGUGAUUUGCUUGUCCAGCCUAUCUAUCUCUCAAAUGAUCCAGCACAACGAGGAUGGAUCCAGAGGAAGCUCGAUGAGGGUCGGUUGUACGUUACCCCAGUACUGCAAGGACAAGCCAUGGCUACUCACGCCGUCGCACGAGUCCUUGCGACAGCUGGGCCUACUUCCACCUGGAAGGAAGGCGACCUAGUUUAUACCACAACUACCGGUUGGAGACAGUAUGCUGUCGUGAAGGAGGAGGACGUUAGGUCUUUGAGAUCCAUACCUGGCCUCUCGCCUAGUUUAUACGUGGGCCUCUUUGGUGUCCCAGGGCUUACUGCGUACUUCGGUGUUACAGAAGUCCUGAAAUUACAACGGGGACAGUCAUUGGUUGUCAGUGCGGCUGCGGGUGCUGUCGGUAACGUUGUCGUACAAUAUGCCAAGAAAGUUAUCGGUGCUUCAAAAGUUAUCGCCAUCGCCGGGACGCCAGAAAAGUGCGCUUGGAUUAAAGAGAUGGGAGCAGAUAUAGCCUUGAACUACAAAGCUCCCUCGUUCAAACAGGAUCUCAAUGCAGCCACGGAAGGUUUUGUAGACGCCUAUUUUGACAACGUCGGUGGCGAGAUCCUCGAUCAAAUGUUGACAAGAAUCAAGCAGCACGGUCGAGUGGCUGCCUGCGGAGCGAUCUCAAAUUACACGCACGAUAAUCUAGAUGCGGCGAAUCUGAGAAAUUGGUUCGAAAUUAUCACCAGUCGUCUCACAGUGAAGGGAUUCAUUGUUCUGGACUAUUUCCCCCGUGCUGGUGAAGCGGUGGAAGCGCUCAGUAAAGCCGUAGAAGAAGGGAAGAUGACUGUGGAAGGCGCAGAGACACUGGUGGAAACGGACUUCUCCAAUAUUCCCGAAGUCUGGUUGAGGCUCUUCCAAGGUCAGAAUGUAGGGAAACUGGUGACCCAAAUCGCCGGUGCAUAAUCAGAUCCCGCACCUGCCAGCCAGGGUUCAUAAUUCCAGCUGGGUCAACAAUACCUUGAGCCCAACUUGUAUGUGUAUUGACAUAGACAACGAUUGGAAAAACUGCAUUGACGGUCGUACGUGUUUAACAUACAAUGGUCACUCAUCGAAAACGAUU